CCAGGGAGAGGAAUACUCUGAGGGACAAAGUAAUAUGUUUGUUGUAAAAUGUUCUGACAUCUAGUGGCUGGACAACGAAAGGAAAACAUGGAUAAGCUCUGAGGAAUGUGUUUCUACAAAGUUUUGCACUCUGCUGUCUGAGCAAGGGUGACACGGGGUGAGGGAUUGAGAGAGGGGAAGGUCAGGACAAGCAGGGGUCUGUCUAAUCUGGCCCUCCUCCUCCUCACCCCCAUUCUGUUUACCUGCUUGUAGGGUUUGAAAGGAGCUCUGUGUCUGUUUGUGUAUGAGGUAAGGGGGUAGGGAGAGUAGAAAAAGGGACUGCCAUCCGUGCAACCUCCUUCUUUCUCAGAGACGGGAAACAGAACAGAAAGCCCACAAGCUUUUAAUAAGCUUUAAUCAAGAGCGUUGGAUCAUUAGGUGCUUUCAAAUACAGACAUGCAUUGCAAACUCUGGCUUGCUCUUUCAGUGUGGCUUUUGAUGCCCACCUCUGAAGCUGGAAGGCAGAUGCCUAAACUCUCUGACAAGAAACUCUGCGCUGACUCGGAAUGCAGCCAUCCUAUCCUGAUAGCUCGUGCAGUGCAGGACUACUACCCUGGUGACUGCAGGUUCAUCCCAAUCAGACAGGGGCAGCUCAUCUAUGUUUAUGCAAUGCUAAAGGACAGAGGGAACCUCUUCUGGGCAGGCAGUGUACAAGACUCCUAUUACGGACAGCAGGAGGCUCGCAUUGGUCACUUCCCAAGCAGUGUAGUGGAGGAGAACCAUCCUCUCAUGCCAGCCAGCACUGAAGUCAAGACUACUAAAUGGGACUUCUACUGCAACUAAUGCUGCACUUACUAACAAAGAGACCAACAUGGUUAUAAAAUACAAUCCAAGACAACAUUUUUUCAUUAUUUUACACAGAUUGUUGACAAUAUGUAGUUUUGCUAAUCCAAUCUGUUGAUAACCUGCACCUUAGAAGAUAUGCACAGCUCAGCACAACAAAAUAUGAAUGUAGAUGGGGAUCAUAAUGAAGAUUUCAAAGCGCUUUAAAAGGACUAUUGCUGCUUAACGCUCUAUAUUUGACUUGUGUCCGUUUCUCUCUGUAAUACUCCAUCGUUCUGAUUGUAUCUGUUUCACAUUUUUUGAUUCACGCUAUUUGUGCUCCAUUCCUUGGGUUGUUUUGCAUGACAAAAUAAAUAGCAAUGCGUGUCAACUGUCUACAAAAUAUCAACACAAAAUAUAACAGAUUUCUUUGGAAUUAGUAAAGGGGAUUUUGCAGCAGUGGACAAAUUGCACUGCAAAUAAACUAAUCAUGAUUCAAGUAUGAUUCAUCAGCUUCUCUCCAAAUGUAUUGUAUGCAUUUGUUGUUUUGUGCCUUUCAAAAAACCGACAUUAAAAAAAGGAACACACACA